AUGCAAACUCGAAUGAACCCCGACGAUGUGGCCUGGGAACAAGCCGAGGAAAUAUCUGAAAAUUGGCUGGCUCAAUUUCUCCAACAUGACGUCUUGAGGCCGAUCGGAACUUUUAUGCUCGAUCACAAUGGAGGCAUUGGAACCGAAUUUGCUAUACUCAGAAAGGGUUCUUAUAAUAUCUCCUUGCGAUUAAAGGACGAACAUGUAGCAUCUAUUAUCCGCUUGUCCCAACCGGGUGCAGUCUUUUUCCCCGAAGAGAAAGUCAUAAAUGAGGUUGCAGUGAUGCGAUUUCUCAUAGACAAAACACCGAUUCCGAUUCCUUUUAUUCAACUCUCGGGAACAAAGAAGGAAAGCCCCCUCGAACUGAGUCCAUUUAUCAUAAUGGAUUAUAUCGAACAUGACACGAAAAUGUACGACGCUCUUAAUACUCCAAGAUGUCCUAUAGAAGAGCGUGGAAUUCUGAACCCGACCAUCGACCAAGAUAGGCUUGAAGUACUAUACGGGCAACUAGCGGGUAUCCUGCUACAGCUCUCUGCUCCCUCUUUGCCUCGGAUAGGAUCUCUUAAUCAAAUCGAUGACUUCACCUAG